ACUGGGCAAAACAGAAAGCAAAGGGAAUUCUGCUGCGCCUGUAAAAAGCUCCUGCUAGACCUGCGAAGGACCGAAGGAGGCAGCGCUUACAAGUGCAGAAAGGCUUUACAUUUCAAUCAGAAUCUGAAAGACUGAAGCAAGGGGAUAUGUGACUCUGUCCUAUUUUAUCUCUAUGCGCAAACGACGGACAACUCAUGUGGCUCAAAGCAGGGAAUACUGGGAUUGUAUUAUGCCGAUAUUGAUAACAAUAUAUAAGCUGUAAAGAUAGGAAACAGAAAUUAUGAAAGAUGAUAGUUACAACAUGGACAAAAAAGGCUUGUGAUUUAAAAAGUGAUAUUAAGCAAAAGCUGAUCUUUUUACCCUUCUUUUUGCUUUUAACUGUGCUGCUUGUGAUCUUGUUUCUCUACCAAUACCUCGGCAAUGUAUAUUUUUCCAAUGGAGAAUCCAAUGUUGAGCAAAAUUUCUGUCCAUAUGGCAACUUCAAAUUAGGAACUAUGAAGAAUUGCUCACCAUGGUUGUCUUGCAAGGCUAUAAAAAGAGAAGUCCGUAAACUGAAAUAUGUUGAUGAAGGAGCUGUAAAAAGGGUUUUUCUUUCUGAGUGGAAAGAAAACAAAGUGGCACUUUCCCAGCUAACUGUGCCAGAGUUACAAGAAGACUUUAUUCAUGGGCUUCAGACACUAAAAAAGUUACAAAGCAAGCAUGUGGUCAAACUCCUUGGAUUUUGUGAAGAGGAGUUCAUGAUUCUUACGGAGUAUCACCCAUUUGGAUCCUUGAAAAAUGUUAAUGAGAUAUUGAACCUGCCAAAAUAUAAAAAUUACAAUACAUGGCAUAACAGAUUUCUGCUUGCCAUAGGCUAUGUGAGCAUUAUCCAUUUUUUACACAACAACCCCCUUGGCACUUUUGUUAUGUGUGACUCCAAUGAUCUAAAUAAAACACUGUCGCAAUACUUAUUGACCAGCAGCUUUCAUGUGGUUGUGAAUGACUUGGAUGCCUUGCCCCUCUUGAAUAGGAGGGCUGGUGAAUUGAUCAAGUGUGGUCAUCGGGAACUGGAAGGUGAAUGGGUUGCUCCUGAGCAGCUAUGGCCAUAUGGAAAAGAAGUACCUUUUGAAGACCAUCUCAUGCCUCCCUAUAAUGAAAUGGUAGACAUAUGGAAAAUCCCUGAUGUUUCUAACUUUCUUUUGGGAGAUGUCGAUGGAAGUGAUCUUGUCAGAUUUCACUUAUUCAGUAUACAUGCAGCAUGUAAAAAAAAUGCAUAUGAAAGACCUUCUGCUCAGAUAGUACUAGACAGAUAUAAAAAUGUUCUUGCUUCACUUUUGAAAGAAGCAACUGUGUCCAAUACAAGGGACAUGUUAUAAAAAAUUAAUGGAAUGCUUCAAUAACACAAGUAGUAUUGGGUAUGUUCAAUGUCCAUUGUUGUAUGAUUUUUUUUUCUUCAAUCAAAAAUAGUUGAGAAUGUUAUAAGCAUAAGUGGGGAAAUUCUUAAAUAACUUCAAAUGUUUGUAAGAGCUUGUAUAGGAACAAAAAUGUGUGCUUGAAAAUUCAAAUUGUUUUUAUAAUUUUAAAAUAAAAUUC